GCCGAGCCUCCCCAGCUGGAGCCGAUCCCCAGCAGGAGCGGAUCCCCAGUCCGCGCGGCCGCUGAGCCCGGGUCCCACUCCCCUGCUGCGCCGCGCUCCUCUCCAGGCCCGCUGCGCUCCGCGGCGAUGCAGCGCCGGGGCGCCCUGUUCAGCGUGCCGGGCGGCGGCGGCGGCAGGAAGAUGGCUGCAGGGGACCUGGGCGAGCUGCUGGUACCACACAUGCCCACGAUUCGCGUGCCCAGAUCGGGGGACCGCGUCUACAAGAACGAGUGCGCCUUCUCCUACGACUCCCCGAACUCUGAAGGUGGACUCUAUGUAUGCAUGAACACAUUUUUGGCCUUUGGAAGGGAGCACGUUGAAAGACAUUUUCGAAAGACUGGACAGAGCGUAUACAUGCACCUGAAAAGGCACAUGCGAGAGAAGGUAAGAGCAGCGUCUGCUGGAGCCUUACCCAAAAGGAGGAAUUCCAAGUUAUUUUUAGAUCUAGAUAUGGAUGAUGAUUUAAAUAGUGAUGAUUAUGAAUAUGAAGAUGAAGCCAAACUGGUUAUCUUCCCAGACCACUAUGAAAUAGCUCUUCCAAACAUCGAGGAGCUGCCAGCCCUGGUUACAAUUGCUUGUGAUGCAGUGCUCAGCUCCAAGUCACCUUACACGAAGCAGGAUCCAGACACGUGGGAAAAUGAACUGCCAGUGUCGAAGUAUGCCAACAAUCUCGCCCAGCUGGACAAUGGGGUCAGGAUUCCUCCCAGCGGCUGGAAGUGUGCCCGGUGUGACCUGCGGGAGAACCUCUGGCUGAAUCUGACUGACGGCUCUGUUCUGUGUGGGAAGUGGUUUUUCGACAGCUCCGGGGGCAAUGGUCAUGCACUCGAGCAUUUCAGAGACAUGGGUUAUCCUCUGGCGGUGAAGCUGGGCACCAUCACACCUGAUGGGGCAGAUGUUUAUUCUUUUCAAGAAGAGGGACCUGUUUUGGAUCCUCAUUUGGCCAAACACUUAGCACACUUCGGGAUCGACAUGCUUCAUAUGAAUGGGACAGAGAAUGGGCUCCAGGACAAUGACAUCAAGCCAAGAGUCAGCGAGUGGGAAGUGAUCCAAGAAUCGGGGACUAAGCUGAAGCCGAUGUAUGGACCAGGGUACACGGGCCUGAAGAACCUGGGCAAUAGUUGCUACCUCAGUUCUGUCAUGCAGGCCAUCUUCAGCAUCCCAGAGUUUCAGAGAGCGUAUGUAGGAAACCUCCCUAGGAUAUUUGACUACUCGCCAUUAGAUCCAACGCAGGACUUCAACACUCAGAUGACUAAAUUGGGGCACGGCCUUCUCUCUGGCCAAUACUCGAAGCCUCCCAUGAAAUCCGAGCUCAUUGAGCAGGUGAUGAAGGAGGAGAACAAGCCUCAGCAGAAUGGGAUCUCUCCACGCAUGUUCAAGGCCUUUGUCAGCAAGAGCCACCCAGAAUUCUCCUCUAAUAGACAACAAGAUGCCCAGGAGUUUUUCUUGCACUUGGUCAAUCUGGUAGAGAGGAAUCGAAUUGGCUCAGAAAACCCAAGUGAUGUUUUCCGGUUUUUGGUGGAAGAGCGCAUUCAGUGUUGUCAGACCCGAAAGGUCCGCUACACAGAGAGGGUGGAUUAUCUGAUGCAGUUACCUGUGGCCAUGGAGGCAGCAACCAACAAAGAUGAGCUGAUCUCCUAUGAACUGAUGAGAAGAGAAGCAGAAGCAAAUCGAAGACCCCUUCCCGAGCUGGUGCGAGCCAAGAUCCCAUUCAGUGCCUGCCUUCAGGCCUUUGCUGAACCAGACAACGUGGAGGACUUCUGGAGCAGUGCCCUGCAGGCAAAGUCUGCAGGGGUGAAAACAUCUCGCUUUGCCUCAUUCCCUGAAUACUUGGUAGUGCAGAUAAAGAAGUUCACUUUUGGUCUUGACUGGGUUCCCAGAAAAUUUGAUGUUUCUAUUGAUAUGCCAGACCUACUAGAUAUCAGCCAUCUCAGGGCCAGGGGCUUACAGCCAGGAGAAGAAGAGCUUCCAGACAUCAGUCCCCCCAUAGUCAUUCCUGAUGACUCAAAAGAUCGCCUGAUGAACCAGCUGAUAGACCCCUCAGACAUUGACGAAUCCUCCGUGAUGCAGCUGGCUGAGAUGGGCUUUCCUUUGGAAGCCUGCCGGAAGGCUGUGUACUUCACUGGAAACACUGGAGCUGAGGUGGCCUUCAACUGGAUUAUCGUGCACAUGGAGGAACCUGAUUUUGCUGAACCUUUGGCCAUACCUGGGUAUGGAGGGGCUGGAGCCUCUGUAUUUGGUGCUACUGGAUUGGACAACCAACCUCCUGAGGAAAUCAUAGCUAUCAUCACCUCCAUGGGAUUUCAGCGCAAUCAGGCAGUGCAGGCCCUACGAGCAACGAAUCAUAACCUGGAAAGGGCACUGGACUGGAUCUUCAGCCACCCGGAGUUUGAAGAGGACAGUGACUUCAUGAUUGAGAUGGAGAACAAUGCCAAUGCAAACAUCGUGUCCGAGGCCAAGCCUGAAGGACCCAGAGUCAAGGAUGGAUCUGGAAUGUACGAGUUGUUCGCAUUCAUCAGUCACAUGGGAACAUCUACAAUGAGUGGCCAUUAUGUUUGCCAUAUCAAAAAGGAGGGACGGUGGGUGAUCUACAAUGACCACAAAGUUUGUGCCUCAGAAAGGCCCCCCAAAGACCUGGGAUAUAUGUACUUUUACCGCAGGAUACCAAGCUAAACCUUACAAGAGUUGGCUAGAAGAAGUCAUACACCUUUUUAAUUUGCCAAAAAGAAAAAAAAAGAAAAAAAGGAAAAAGAAAAAUAAAGGAAAAAAGUCUGGACAACUGGACACAGAGGACUACAUGACUAUUUAUUGCUUCUUUCAAGACUGGGGUCACUCCACUUGACGCCUUCUGGAGAAGACCUGGGAAGAAAUGUCUGUUGGUGGCAAUACUCUGUUGUAGGGAAUUUUGUAACUGUUCAGGGAGUGGAUGAUGUAAGCAAAGACAUUGGCACCAGCACAUCAGAUACGGAGUGUCCUUCCCUCUUCUACUUUAGGGGUCAGUGGUAAGACCUCACCUACAGUGAAAAAGUGCCCCCAAAUAAGAAAUCAAAACCUGGGCUUGUUUUUAUUGAUGGUAUCAUGUUUUCAUUUCCCACAAUAAUUUCUGACCUAGGUAUGUGUACUAGGACAUCUGCAAUGGAAACUAUUUUUAAUUUAAAUCAUAUCAGAGUUAAUAAUACACUGUGUGAAUGUGUGUGAGAGUGUACGUGUGAUCUUUGUAGUCUAUUGGAAAUCUGAUGGGUUGGUGUUCAAAGGCUAAGUAGUUGCCAUUAAGCAUAUUUGGAAAAGGCAGGCAAACAUUUUACCAAACCUAUAACUCAGGAACAGUUGUUAAAAAUUAGUUCCCCACUUGGAUUUUUAAUGAGUACAAAGGGCUGUGUUAUGGCCUCUAAGUGCUGUGUGGCAUUUGUGCGGGUCUGUGCCAUUUGACAUCAAUGCCAGAUGCCCAAGUCUUGUCCUAUUGUGCUUUGCCAAAGGCAUAUAGACAGCUUCUCUUCCUCGGCAGCGUAGCCCCUCAAAGCUUUGUGUUUAUUCGUAGUUAGGUAACUUAUCUCUUGCCUUGUGCUUACUCUCUGGAAUCAUGUUAAAUGCCCUUGCUCUGUGUGACUUUCUGGUCCCUGAACUUUCUUAGGUUUUCACUUCUCUGCUUCUCUGGGGCCAGUCUGACCUCUGCCUUCACUGCCUAUCUGCUGUGUCGCAUAGUGUGACCUUGGGCACUUUAAGGAUGUGAGCUGCAGAGACACAUCUGUACCAUCCUUUCCAGCUGGACAUUUUAGUGUCUUAGCUGCAGCCUGAGAUCAGAGCCGAGCUCUGGAUGUGCUCUGGGGAGGAAGGAGCUCUCUCUCUCAUUUAUACUGCUUUUCACUAGCUCAGACUAGUCAACGAAGUGAAAAAGGGUCUAUGGCUGUCUGCUCAAUGUGUGCUUGUUGGAUUGAAAAGAUCUUUCUAGAAACUGCAGAAGAAUGAAGAGGUAGAACCAACUGGGGCUGAGUAAAGCAGGGGCAUGGGGCUAGGAUGCGGUGAGUUUGAACAGCCAGGGCUCUGUUAAGCUGUGGCCCUGUCUCAAGGAAGGUCAUAUGUACUACAAGUCUGGGCUGUGGAGCUUGGGCCAGAGGCCUGCAACCCUGGGUGCUGCCUCAACUGGCUAUGGGUCUUGGCAAACCCUUCCUUUUCCCGUGCCUCACUCCCCUCAUCAACAUGUGGAUGAGGGGAGACGUCUCCUCUUUCUAGAAGGCUUUGAUCCAUGCCUAGGAAUCUUCACAGAGAGCAGAAGGCAGAACAUGGUAGGUGCCAGGCCAGUGUGUCCCUGCCUUCUCGACUCUGCUGAUGCUUUUUCCACUUGGGAAAUGACACGGCAGAGGGAGGGAGCAGCAAUUCUCUACAACACUGUCCCACUGACGCCCCUUCUAGGCUUGAUUUCAAGACCCUAAGUGUCUGUUUUGUGUGUCCCUGACCAUCCUGUCCCCUACCCCCCGAGGGAAUUCCCACACUAAGCAGCCUUACAAAACCCACUCCCUAUAGGGCCACAUGUCAUAGAAUAAUGACACACAUCUCCAGUGGCUGGUUUGAAGUGCUACAAAGCAAAGGCCUUUUUUGGGGGUAAGGGGUUCUCUGGAGGUCUGAGCUCAAAUGUGGUCAAAGAUAGCAUGUAUAUUUUGAAAAAAAAUAAAAAUUUUUAAUAAAACCUUUGCAAUAUCAAUGGUGUAAAAUCCACAUAAAAAAUUAGAAAAAUUAGGCCAAAAACCACUUAAUUUCAUUAGGUAGACUAAGCAAACUGAUGCUGAGACAUACUUCGAGAAAGUGUAGUAUGGUUGCCUCUCCCCCUGCUUCACCAACACAAGGGCUAUUUCAUGGCAAGGUUUUGUAUUUGCGCUAUUCAUUCAUAUUGGGAGCUGGGUGCACUGCGGCUUUCUAGUUAAAAAUGUGCUUGCAUGUGUCUCCUGGUAUAUGCAAAUCAGGCUUCUCUGGAGUACGAGUGGGAUGUACCGCUUCCCUUACACAUGUGGGUAGACAGGACGCUCGUGUGGCUGCAACUGGAGCAGCAUGUGGUUUGUCUCUACCAACCCAUCUGCCAGGAGUCUUCUGUGUGAGAAUGUGGUGGUGUGUUUGUGUGGCUCUCUCUCUCUCUCUCUGUGUGUAGGCAUCUGUGUGAAGGAAAGAGCUUUCCUUCUGUAACUAUCUUUUGAUACCCAUUUGUGUAGACUCCCAAUGUGUCUUUGGAAAAUAGCUCAAAGUUUCUGUUUUGUCACUUGGUCUAAAUACCCAAAUAACUAGUCAGGAAUCCAGUUUGAUACAGAAGGGAUUGUCUUUUUCUUUUAAAUGAAAAGAAUCUGAGAAGAAUCAUAUUUUAGUGACACUUUGUAUGAAUGUUGUUUCACUUCUGGAUUUGCCUAGCCUGUUUCCCCAAACCUACAAGAGAAUGUGCCUGCUGUCUCCCCUGAAUUCCUUUGGGCUCCUAUUACCUGAACUGCACACUUACAAGUGGGCUUAUGUCCUGACUUUGCCUCUUAGUGUGACCUGCCUGAGUUAUUUUAUCUCUUUGGGCCUUUGUCUGUGGAUCAGAAUUAGACUUGAUAAUUGGGAAGUCCCCAUGUGUCCUAUAACCACAUUUUGGUUUUACUUUUCUGUGAUUAUAACCCCAGUCAGACAAGAGCUGGGGCAAUCAGAAUUUUGGUGUCUGAGUCUGGGCUUAUUUGUUUGUAGGACCCUGUCAUCGUUAGUAUGCACCCCAUUCUGUUCCUGUGAGGCUCUCUGUGACUGUCCCUCCCCAAAGCAAAAGCAGCAAUCCAUUCAAGACACCCUCUCGGGAAAGUCUCAGAGUGCCCUUCAACUCAGUCUAUCUAACACAAACAAGUUUUAGAAUCCUUGAAGACAGUCCCACCCCCAGAUAAUCGCUGACAAAGUUGUCUGUCCUAGGAGAGGUAUUUAGAAAGUCUGUCUUUGUCACUGUAGACACCAUGGAUGCUGAGUCUCACUGUGGGUAUUUAGAGCCAGUGAGUAGCUGCCAGGAAACUGGGCAGAACAGAGUAAGGGUUAGAUACAUGUGCUUCUGCCUGUGGAUAAAACUCCCAGCCGACAGAACAAGGCCUGUGUUGGUACGUUGGUGGGUAGAACCGCCUACCUGAUGCUGCCAGGAUUUCCUCUUGUCCUAGUUUGCUUUUCAUUGAUGUAAUAAACACCAUGACCAAAAGCUAAUUGGGGAGGAAAGGGCUUAUUUUACCUUAGAGCUCACAGUUCACCAUGAAGGGAAGUCAGGGCAGGAAGGCAAGGCAAGAGCCUGAAGGCAAACACUGAGACGGAGGCCAUGGAGGGGUGCUGCUCACUGGCUUGUUCUCCGUGGCUUGUUCAGUCUGCUUUCUUAUAGAACCCAAGACAACCUGUUUACAGGUGGCACCACCCACAGUGGCCUCGGCCCUUCCACAAUGAUCAUUGAUCAGAUUAAUCAGGGAGGUGUCCCAUAUGCUUGCCCACAGGUUGAUCUUUUUUUGUUUGUUUGUUUGUGUUUUCGAGACAGGGUUUCUCUGGGACUCACUCUAUAGACCAGGCUGGCCUCGAACUCACAAAGAUCUGCCUGCCUCUUCCUCUGCCUCCCAAGUGCUGGGUCACCUUAAUCUUAAUGGGAACAUUUUCUCAAUUGAGGUUCCUUCUUCCCAGAUGACCUUAGCUUGGGUCAUAUUAACAAACAAACAAACAAACAAACAAAACUUAAUUAGCACACCUACUCUAUGAAUCAUCCUUAGAGCUUGUGGAACACUGUAGCCCUACAGGGUGGUGGAAUUUGACCAAUCCAUACUAAGAUUGCCCUGCAUGCAUAAAAUGCACACUAAAACAUGAAGUACGAUUAACUCAUCAUGUUGAUUGCAAAUGAUGUGGGACACAUUGAUUAACGUAAUGGUAAUUUAACAUUUAAAUGAAUUUCGCUCUGAUAUCUGAUUUUGUGUGGCUCCUGAGUCAUUUGGAUCUGUGGCUAAUGGCUCGUCUGGCAGUGCUCCACAGUGUGAGGUAGGCAGUGACAUCCCAUGUGUAAGAAGAGACUUCUGCAGGGGGGGGCUCCAAAUCAAAGCUGCACAUAGCACAUGAGGAACUGAACAUGCCCCAACAAUUACAAGAUUCUUCUGCUUUAAAAAACAGUCUUCCCAGUUUAGAGACAGAAGCAGGGCAUCUCCGAUGGAUGGCCGUUCUUUACCCUGGCUUUGGGGCCCUGUGGAUUGGUGUCUGCUUUCCCAGCAUCUUUGGGGUGCUGCGGAUGUUUUAGCUGUGGCUGGGCUUUGAGCAUACCACUUUCACCUCAGGCAACAUUCUCUUGUAGUUCCCCUCCUGGGCGUUUUGUAGUCUGUCACAGCUUGGUGUUUGCAAAGACUGGUUGGAUCUCAGAACUCCUCAACUUGGGCUGAGGUUGAGCCUGAUCCACCUGCCUGCCCAGCAGCGUUGCUGCUGUUGCUGGUUGCCGGAAGACUUGGUAUUUAUUUACUUUGCAUUAGUCACGGUUGGUGUGGAAAUUACAAGUGUUUGGGAGAGUACUUGCCUGUGUUGGAAAGAGAUGGAUAAUUUAUUGCUUUGAUAGUUUUAAAUUAAAAGCUAUUCUCACAAA